AUGUUCAUCCUGACCAAAAUCUCAGACCUGGUGCAAAUUGCUCCAGAGGACUUUUCAAAACACAGCAUAGUCGCCAUUGAAGAUAACAUUAAUGCCAAAUAUGCCAACAAGGUCAUUCAGAAGAUUGGACUGUGUAUCUGUCUGUAUGAUAUCCUCUGGUCCUCGGAAGGCUUGAUAGGUCAUGGGACGGGACUAGUCAACGUCAAUGUUGAGUUCCGCAUGGUGGUGUUUCGUCCGUUCAAGGGCGAAGUCAUGCUCGGCAGGAUACGGAGCUCUACGCCUGCGGGCAUUAACUUGAGGACGGAUUUCUUUGACGAUAUUUUCAUUCCCUUUGAGGAGCUGCCACAGGGUGCGGAGUAUAAUCAUAGUGAGCAGCUUUGGAUCUGGAACCUUGAAGACGAUAGGCUAUUUUACGAUAAUCACGAAAUGGUUCGUUUUCAGGUCAUUGACGAGGAGUGGCAUGACCAGACGCCGGCUGGACCAACGCAAGGGGAAGAAACCCCGGCCAAGACGCCUUACAGGAUCAAGGGCAGCAUGGCUCGUGAAGGUCUUGGUGCGUGUCUGUGGUGGGAUGGCGCAUAA